GCAAGGCAACACACAACCCUUGGGCGACGUGCGAUACAAGAGCCCAUGUAUACGUAGACAGUAUGGUUAAGUAUGCAGUGGUACCUGUACACUCAGGCAGUGAGGUCGUGAGUCGGAAUGAGCUCCAGCAACGAUGGCUGUUUGUGAAUAUCGGACGAAAUAUCAGUCACUGACUGAUCGCCCGCUCACCAUGUUCGCACCUGCCGAGGGCUUUCCUCGUACCUAACUCACGCUCACAUACAAGCAGAUGAAAUUUUCUUCUUAACCUCCCAUCUUCCACCCACCUCACCCUUUUCGCCACACCGCGGUGCGUUUUGCCUACCGCUAGCAUCAAGAUGACCUUAACAUCUAUGGACACCCUGCCAGACACCAGCGCGGCGACCACCCACUGGAUUCACCAGCUAGGUGAGGGUCGACGUGCAACUAUUGAACCCCUGUGGAGGAAAUAUCAGCAAGGCAGCUUCCCACUUGCAUCUCCUACUUGUACCACAGCUCACGUGGAGCUGGUAUCGAAGCACAAUCUCCUCAUCGAAUCGACUGUCGAUGCCUCUGGCCAGCCGUCGAGUGUUAGCGUAGAGAAUAUGGGUUCACCACAUUCCCACGCUGGGGGUUUCAUGGGCUUCCAUCCUGAGAAGCGUUGCCUCGCGUUCAGAGGCGAAGCACGAUUCCUCGAGAUAUUCCAGGAUUUUGCGAGCAACUUUGUCAAAGAGGACCACAUCGUCUCGGUCCUUCAGACGCCGGUUGAGGUUGAUUUCCCACCUGAGGGUCUGCCUGCUGGUCUGGAGUUUGCGGAAUUCGCAGGCAGGGUAGAGACUGUGGAAUAUGUAAUGUGGUUGAAAGCGGCUGAUGAAGACCAUGAACCCGGGGCUGAGAGCAUCACCGUGCUGGGCGUUACCCAAGGAGGCAUCGAGUUGGACGUCAACGAGAUCGAGAUGGCAGAUUCUAUGCCGUGCGAAGCAGAUACAACAGAGCUGCCAAGCUUGGUCGAUGCUGGUAUAGACGUUUGCUUGUCUUCGGACCCCCCCGAGUCAAAGUUCUUCAGCGAGGAUGGGAACCCCCGACGCCCUACAAACAUCAGUCCUCUGACGGAGGCGGGCUGUCUCGAGUCUCCAAUUGCAGCACCAGCCGUUGGAACAUCAGUCGCUCCAUCGGUGGAGUUACCGCUGCCGGCCCUUUCGAUAAGCGAGUCUGUUACAUCUGCGCAAAACCCGCCACGGGUCCUUCGAUCCACCGCACGUAGCGGAAGCCGUGGCCUGAGAAGUCGUGAAGAAUCGGCCGACGAGCUCUCGCUUGGCCAUGAAGACCCGAGACUCCCAGCAAAGAAAGGGUUCUGGGAUCAUAAAGAGAACGAGAAGCCGAUGGUUGUUGUGUCGGAGACCGAGAAUUGGACAAAGUAUCCGCUACGAGCAAGCUCGCGAGCGCCAAGAUCCUCCUCUGCUGUCAAGGAGCCAGCACCUGUCCUUGUGGCGGAGAAGAUCACGGCUUGGAAGAAGAAGGGUACCGCAAAAGUCAAACGUGGAAGCGCUAAGAAGGGACGAAAGUGAAUCUGGAUCUAUCUGUCAAGGGAAGGGAAGUGAUUGAGAAAAAUUCUGUGGCCAUACAGACUCACGGAACCUGUCGCGAGAUAAUCGGAAACUGUCACUCAUAGGCCUGCAUUGUGGCAACCGUCUUGGUCGCUUGU